AUGGUUAAGCUAAUGGAAUUAAGCUUAAUUGGCCAAUGUGCAAAGACCAUUAAUUCCGAAGUUCAAAAUACUGAAAUAAGGGCAAGUUGUAGUCCAAAACCAUCCUCUGAAUCUACUGAACCACGGCCCCCUGGGGACGAAACGACAACUUUACAAAACAUCCAGGAUAUAUCAGCAGAUGUAAUCUCAUCAAAGACCUGCAUUUCUGUUGCUGAAUCUCUAUCAAAAGAAAGAAACGAAGAGGAUUCUCAAAGUAAAUCAAGUGAAAGUAUUACCGAGUUUAUACGGGCAUAUAAUUUGACAGAUCCGUCGUCGGAUAAAGCAAAAAACGUUUCACGUUUAUCUGAAAGAGCAAAGAAAAAGUCGUGGUAUAACGUGUUAUACCCCAACUAUAAAACACGUUCACAGGAAUUUAAGAGGUUAUUUAAGGAUGUGCCUGCUGAUGAGCGCUUAAUAGUUGAUUAUUCCUGUGCACUUUAUAGAGACUUACUUAUUCAAGGUCGUUUGUAUAUAUCACAAAAUUAUGUCUGUUUUCAUGCCAAUAUCUUGGGCUGGGAAACGUGUUUGGUAAUAAAGUGGAAAGACGUUACUUCAAUAACAAAAGAGAAAACAGCUCUAGUCAUACCAAAUGCUAUUUCAAUUGCUACUGUAACCGAAAAUUAUUUUUUUUCCUCAUUUACGACGCGUGACAAGACGUUUCUUAUACUCUUCAGAGUAUGGCAGAACACGUUAAUGAAUAAACCUAUGUUAGCUCAAGAAGUGUGGCAACUAGUACAUAGUUAUUACGGUGAUGAAUUAGGAUUAACCACAGAUGACGAAGAUUACGUAGAUCCCCGAAUAGCAGAUGAAAACGACGGCUGUGCCAUUUUGGAUUUCGUUUCUGCUAUAGAUGAUACACACUCGUUUAGCUUAGGAAGCCAGGAGUCUUCAAAUAUAUACAUAUUUCGGUCUUUUAGCAAUAAUAGCGGUUCCAGUAACUACAGUAGCAACAGUACCAGUAGCAGUGGUGGUGGUACUGCAGCAAUAUAUCGUACCAAUAGAGAAACCAAAAUGAAAUCGAAUGCCAAAGAACUCACCUUGAUCUCAGCAAAACCCGAGGAGGGUACUGCAACCAACGCACCCGCACAGAAUAACGCGGGUGGUCUGGGACAUGAUGGCAAUACGGAUCGCAAUAGUAGCAGCACUCCCGGCAAGGAAGUAAAACACAAUAAUGCCGCCAGUGAAAACAAACGAAAAGUAUCGAAAAAUAGUAGAGCACGCGAGGAAACUACAAGUAAAAAUGCCGAAACUUUACCAACUGAUAUUUCCGAUUCAAGCGAUUCGGAGGGAACAAAUAUACCAUUCGUUGCUACAACUGAGUGUACAUCACCUCAUGAGGGACGGCAAUUGGUGCACACAAUUCUGCCCAUCAAUAUAGAAACAUUGUUCAAUUUACUAUUUUCUAAAUCGAAAUUUUUAUUGGAUUUCCAUGCAAUGCGAAAAUCCACAGAUCUUGUUUUCGGCGAUUGGGUGAGAAAUGAUGAAGGACAAAGGACACGAACAGUUAAUGUGACUGUGACCCUGGCAGCAUCUGUUGGGCCCAAAACCUCAAAGGUUACAGAAUAUCAAGUAAUGCGUGAUUGCAGCAAACAAGGCGAGCUAUAUUCCAUAGAUGUAAAUAAUGUUAAUGCCGGCAUUCCAUAUGCAGAUAGCUUUAGUGUUUUAAUCCAUUAUUGUUUAGUAAAAACUGUUGACGACCAUACAAUGUUGUCUGUCCACGCCCAAAUCAAGUACAAAAAAUCAAUUUGGGGUGUUGUUAAGGGUUUUAUAGAAAAAAAUACCUGGGCUGGCCUGGAGGAUUUCUAUGGAUCUUUACUUCAGGCACUACAAAGUGAAACAUGUAUCCCACCAGCCAAAGGAAAGGGUAGGCGACCGCGGCGAGGAACUGCUGUUUCAAUUCGACCCCUGGAGGACACACCACAAAUGCAGACUAAACCAGAACCAUUAGACCACUUAAUUGGCACGCAAACUGUUAGCUCACGCAGCACUGCAGAAUGCCCAGCUGUGGUUGCUGAUACCACGAAUAAAUACAGGUGGCUGUCACUGUUUGUUCUUGUUCUAUUAUGUUUCCUCAUAAUUGUUAAUGUCAUAUUAUUGCUUAAAUUGUGGAGAUUAGAGGAUCGCUUAGAGGAAGAUAUGUUAAAUAGAGCACGUCUGCCUAAUUUGGCCGCAUUAAAGAAAUUGCCCAACAACCAUGAGGAUUGGAUUGACCUCUUGCGACAACAGGAAAUGUUGCACGAGACGGAACUACGAAAGUGGCAUACGGUUUUACAAACCGCAAUCGAGUUACUAAAGAAGACUGAAAAAACCUUGGCUGAACUUAUGUUUCGCUAACAUUUCCAUGUAUUGUAUUUUU